AUGGGUGUAUACGAGGAAGCUAAGUUACGUCUAGGUGACCUGCAAAAGAGAAUACAGCGUAUUCAUGACGCCGGAUUGGAACUUUCGGAUCCAAAAGCUACGAAAACCAGUGUUACUAAAUUUAAAAUAAUGUACACUACUCUUGAGAAUUUGCGAGAUGAUUUUGAAUUACAAAUAACAACGAUAAUUCGUCAUUUGAGCAAAAUUAGUUCAACUGCAGGGGAUGUCGUCACAGAUAAAAUACGCUCGGAGUUCGCGGAAUUCAAAAUAAUCAUAUUUUGA